AUGCAAAUUGAAGUUCCGGAGUAUGGCUCUGCAGAUGUGCUUCGUGUCGGUUCCCUUAAUCCAGACACACUCCACUUGGCAGAUGACGAAGUACUUGUGCAAAACACUUACGCUGGUGUAAACUUCAUAGACACCUAUUUCCGUUCUGGACUCUACAAGAAGCCUCAGUUGCCCUUUAUCCCUGGUGAAGAAGGUGCUGGAAGGGUCGUGCGAACCGGUGCCGCUGUGCAGACGCCCACCGUUGGGGAUCGGGUGGUGUAUUUCGGCAGUGUGACGGGGUCGUACGCCACUCACACAAUUGUGAAGGCACCGCAGGCGGCAGUGCUGCCAGACGACGUGGACGACAAGACCGCGGCGGCGCUUUUCUGUCAGGGACUCACCGCACAUUAUCUCUCGCACGACAGUUACGCCUGCGGCCCAAACACGAGGGCACUCGUGCACGCCGCAGCGGGCGGUACGGGGCUGUUGUUGUGUCAAUUGGCGAAGAUGCGCGGGGCGGUCGUCGUGGGUGUUUGCCGCGGGGCCGCGAAGGCCGAACUCGCCCGCCGCGUUGGUGGUGUCGAUCACGUCAUUGACAGCAGCACCACCGCCGACUGGGCGGCCGCCGCGCGGGAAAUUGUGCCCGACGGCUUUGAUGUUGUGUACGACGGCGUUGGGAGAGAGACGUUUGACGGCAGUCUCGCAGUGCUGCGGCCGCGGGGUUUUAUGAUAUCUUUUGGUAAUGCCAGCGGGGCGGUUGAGGGCGUCACGCCGCUGCGGCUCAUGCAGGCGGGGAGUGUUUAUCUGCAGCGACCAACGUUGGGGGAUUACAUACGAGAUCCUGCAGAGAAGGCAAGGCGGCUCCAUGAUCUAUGGAGUUGGGUGAGGGAAAAGAAGUUGCAAAUGACGUGUGGACGAGAGUUCCCUCUCAAGGCUGCCGCAGAUGCACACAAGUACUUGGAAAGCAGACAGUCAACAGGUAAAAUCAUGUUGCAGUGUAAAUCAACAGAGUGA